AUGGUCCUUGACCCGACUUUCGGCACGGACCAUCGCAACAUCCGCUUCUCGCGGGUUCUCAUUGACGGCGGCAGCAGCAUCAACAUCCUGUACUGCGACACCGCUCGGAAGCUGGGCAUCCAAAAGAGCCAGCUGAGCCCCACUCCCACCAUCUUCCACGACAUUGUGCCGGGGCACUCCUGCAAGCCAAUCGGCCGGAUCCGGCUGGACGUCAUGUUUGGCAAGCCGGAGCACUUCCACACCGAGAAGAUCGAGUUCGAGGUGGUGGACCUGGUCAGUCCCUACCAUGCUCUCCUCGGAAGGCUGGUUCUAGCCAGGUUCAUGGCGGUGCCCCACUAUGGGUACCUGAAGAUGAAAAUAUCGGGCCCUAAAGAGGUCAUUACCAUCGCUGAUAAGCACCAGAUCGAGGACGCGGUCGCCAUGCCCAAGGCGGCGUGA